AUGCUUUCCGCCGUAUUUUUCUCAUUUUUGCUCAUUGCACCUGCUGCACAUGCGGUGGCCGCAGCAAGCAGACGCGAAGGUUUGGCACCGCAUGGGUUGGGAGGACUAUUACACGCCCCUGGAAGACGCGACUAUCCUCAUCGCAAUACCGAAAAGGUUGGGAAGUCUCUGCACACGCUAGCUUUGGCCCUCACUGACAGUCAAAAGCUAGUAUCGCGACAGUCAUCUGCUCCUAUCACGACCGACCCAGAUUGCACGCUUUAUGACGGAUAUUUCUACCUCACUCCACAGAAUUAUACCUGGCAAUUGCAAUGCGCUAACACAUAUGACGGCGCUAUCAUCGCUCAAACUACCGACACAACUGACUUGGGAUCCUGCAUUGAAGAGUGUAUCAACUACAAUCGCCAGAAUACUCCCGGGGCUUGCUUAGCGGUCACUUUCAACGGUGCCUAUGAUACUGCGGACACUGUCUGCACUCAAUUUGGCGAAGUCGAUUCGGUUGGGAUUGCGUCUGAAGAAGGAGCACAUCAGCCGGAGCCAGAGCCGUCGUUCUCUGGAGAGCCAACCCAGGGACCGACCGUGGUUCCAGUGCCUACUUCGACCACAACUACUUUAGCUGUGAUCACAACGGCUUCAGCUGCGACCACAACAACAAGCACGCUAGCAUUGACAUCGAAUUCACCAACCGUGAGCACUUCAUAUGCUGUUUUCACCACGACGACUACUUCCACCGGUACGGUCUUUGUCACGUCAUGUGUUGAGGGAAGUGCUUUGUGCCAGUAUAGCUCAACCUCUUCCUCGACGGGAGGCCUGGGAAGCUCUACGAGCACUCCUCAAACCACAAGCGUAACUUCCAUCAACAUCAGCGAUGGUGGCUCGAGGCCCGCCACAUCUAUGGCACCAGUGACCACCACCAGCACAGCAGGAGCCUUCACAUUUGACGCCGGUCAGACAACACUGACGAAUAUUUUGCCCUUCACAGAAUACAGACUCCAGAUCAUCGAAGUCUGUGCGGCAACACCGACAACAUGCUCAGAGUCAACCAGUACGGCAACUAGUAUAGGGCUCAUCACACAGAUAUCUUGCUCUCCUGGUCCAUGUAUUGGUGUGGCUCCAGCUACAGGGUUUCUGGUCGAGGCCCUUGCAACAGGAACUUGUAUUGUUCCUUGA